AUGUCUUCCACCACGCACAACUGCACCGAGUGCUCCGUUUCCACUCCCUCCCUCGUCAUCGCAACCAACCACGUCAACGCCUCGAACCAAAACAAGCGUCAGUGGCGUUGCCCCGGCUGCAGCACGCGUUUCUGCAUCAAGAACGACCUGGUCAACCACACCCCAAACUGCGACAGGUUCAACACGUGGAGGAGAACGAUAAAAUGGGGGAAAGAUCUGUCGAACGCUCGCGUGAGCGCCGCCUGCGACUUCACGGAACAGCGAGCUGGAGCCGUGGCUCAGGUCACCUCAAGUACUACACAGGCGAGCCAGAUCGUCGCUCCUCCAGCCAUGCAAUCGACUUCCACGAACGACAACGACGACAACGGCAAGCAGCGGCCGAACAGAAGCAGAAAGCUAGCCGCAGAGGAGAAGUUGUCUGAUGAGGAAGAUGCGGAAGGACAUGAAGGAACCGCACCCAAGAGAUCGCGUCGCAGCGGCAAGUCUACGGCGACCUUGAAGCCGAUGCCACAGUCCGGUCUCAAGAGCACGAUGGACAGCUCUGCUGCGCCUACGGGUCCAGGGGCGUUUGGUGGAGAGGUCGAGGAACACGUCUGGACCACGCUCGACGAUGGUGACGAAGAGAACCUCGGCGAUGUGGACUGGAAUGGAGGCUUCGACUUCGGAGGGUGGGAAGAGGCACCAUUGUUGCCGGCACUCGAGACACGCGUGUCCACCAUGACGAAUGUACAUCAGGCUAUGACGGAAGCCAAUCGCAUCGACUACUCCGGCGAUGGUGGGUACGGCAGACCUCAGCCUGAAUGGAACAGGUCGCGCUUCGGUCCAAGUGGGAUCACCGAGUUCGCGGAGUACGUGGAGGAGUCGAGAAAGAAGGCGAACGCAAAGGCCGCCAACACGCCAGCGCAGAACUGA